AUGUUUCCAACUAUCUUUACUGGUAUGCAGGACUUGAUUUUAAAUUUCGAUUGUAAAUUACAAGUUGCAAUCCUUUUUGUUUUAGUAAUGUCUGAAGUUCCUGAUGUCUCGGAGAAUCUGAGCGACGAACAAAUUGGUGGAUGUGCUGUUGUUCCACAAAACGAUGAAACUUUGUACAUGGAUACUGAAGAUAGCCUUUCUACACCGUCAUUUUCAAUGCACGAUUCUGCCAGUGUCAGCGAUGUUCCAUUCGUUGAGCCUUCUGCUUUCGCUUCAAAAUUGCGAUCAUUCGAGCAGCGUGAAAUUCAGCCCAACGAACGCGACGUUGAUUUCGACUUUUUCUCACAUUUAUUGAUAUUUUACAUGAUUAAGGAAGAUUGGCCAAAAGCACGCCAGUGCCGUCUCCGUGCUGAAGCAAUUGCCGCAAAUGACCAUUUGAAUACACUCAUGCAUAUCUGUCGUCAUCUGGAGAACGGUGAUACUGGAACUGCUCUUCAUUUGAUCAAAAAUUCGCACUUUGAUGAUCCGUUCAAAGAUCUAAUAAUGGAAGUACAUAAACGAAUUACUUUGUCGGUGUUGCGAAUGAUUGAACAUACGUACAUUAAUAUUGAAGCAAAUAAAUUAGCUGAAAUGCUUGAUACUGAGUCGAAUAACGAAUUACAAAAGGUUCUGAUUCGAGUAGGCUGGCAACUGGAAGAUGCUUAUGUGAUACCAAAAAUGACAGCGCAGUUAGAGCAUAACAUUAAAAAAUUGGAUGCUUCACCAUAUGGACCGAUCACUGAAAUAUCUGCUAAAAUAACCUGUGGAGUGAUGGGAGACUGUAUUGAUAUUAAUAAGCUCAUCCAGUAUGCUACAUUCUUGGAAGUCAACACUUAA